AUUAUGUAUAUAUAUGUUCAAUUCGAGCUACAGAAAUACAACACAAUAUAUAGCUACAGCCUUAGCCUCCCACCAAUUUUCUCUCUAUUUCUCUACAUAUUUUUGCUAUGUUUAAAUCCAACCUAUUUUUCACUACAUCCAUAGUUGUUAUGCUCAUAUGUGUGGUACGAUGGACGGGGUAUCGAUUCGAUAAUCAGUCUAGUAGUAAUGUUGAAGUCAUUCCGAUUGAUGGUGGUGCAGUUGGACCCGAGAGCUUUGAUUACGAUCCUGUUGAUGGUAGCGGUCCGUAUAUGGGUGUUUCCGAUGGUCGAAUUAUCAAAUGGAUACCGAAUGAACGACGAUGGGUUGAUUUUGCCGUCAUGUCAAAACACAGGGAAGGAUGUGGCAAGCUAGAUAUGGAGCAACAAUGUGGACGUCCAUUGGGCUUAAAGUGGGAUAAAACUAGAGGUGAUUUGUAUAUUGCGGAUUCCUAUUUUGGGCUGCUUGUAGUGGACCCAAAUGGUGGGUUAGCCACUUCAGUAGUUUCAAAAGUUCAUGGCCAACAUUUACGGUUCACCAAUUCUCUAGACAUUGAUCAGACCAAUAGAUUCAUCUACUUCACAGAUAGCAGCCAACGUUACACCCGUAGGGAACAUACGCUCGUUGUGCUCACAAAUGAAAAAUCCGGAAGCUUAUUAAAAUACGACAUUGAAUAUAAAGAGGUCUCCGUGCUACUCCAAAACCUAACGUUUCCAAAUGGGGUGGCGUUAAGUCAAGAUGGUACUUUUCUUCUUAUAGCCGAGACUACAAAUUGUAGAGUUUUGAGAUUUUGGCUUAAAACGCCGAAAGCUGGCACACUAGAAGUUUUCGCUGAUCUUCCUGGAUACCCUGACAAUAUUAAGAGGAACCAAAAUGGGGAGUUUUGGGUGGCAAUGUACUCGAGAAAAAGAAUUUUUUUGAAAUGGAUUCAGUCAAUUCCUUGGAUUAUUAAUGCAUUGUGCAAGCUUCCUAUUGACAUUGUUAAAGUGACCUCAUAUGUGGAGAAAUUAGGAGGUGAAGGCUUGGCAGCAAAGUUGGGGGAAGAUGGCAAAAUAUUGAAAAUAUUAGAUGAUGUAAAUGGUAAGAUAUGGAAAUAUGCAAGUGAAGUGAUGGAAAAAGAUGGUUAUUUGUGGAUUGGUUCUGUGGAAAAUCCUUUUAUAGUCAAAUUAAAAGUACAAAAUUAAAGAGGGGAGGGGGGAUACAAAAAGUUCAUCUUUGAUUUAUCUGCAACUUUUAAUUACACAUUUAAUAGCCACUAUAUAUAAUACUUUCAGUCUUGAUAUAAACUUAACAUUUCUACAUUAAUGAAAUAAGACAGUAAAUGAUUCUCUC